AUGAAAAUUUUCAGCAUUUUUACUUUCCUGCUUGUAGCAAUGGCAAAAGCUCAGAAUAGAAAAACAGAGACGGCUCUAAAAAGAGUCGAAGAUACAAGAGAUGCAGCUUUACAAUGGAUCGACGAGGAAAUUCCACAGUUCAGAAAAGCAAAGAAGCUCCGAUCAAGAAUCAACACCAUUUCUGCUCAAAUGCUGGACUCGAUCGAAAACGGCUGUAAAUUAUCCAAAAAGAAAGAAGACGACUACGAAGAAGAAACUUCGGAAAUCGAAAAGCGACGAUUCAAGCUUCCAGCGGAUCCUUGGGAGAAAACGCUCAAAUUCGCCAAAAGUGGUAGGCGUGUCAAUAAAAUAUUUCUCUCAAACUGUGUCGGAUAUCAACGAAUCGAGAAAAAAUGGAAUCGAGUGAGAAAUGGAAUGCAAAAAGCAUUUAUCAGAGUCAACAAGCUUGGUCCCGAUUUUAACCCCUAA